UCCCAGAUCACGUAGAGACCAUCGCGGAAACUGCAGCUCCGGUGGUGGCGCGGCGGGCUCUGCACUGGGCGCUGGGCUCCAGAGAUUAUUUAUCUUUAUUCAGAAGCAUAAAGUUCCUUGCUGAUUGCAAGAAGAUGUUUCUUUGGCUCUUUCUGAUUUUGUCAGCCCUGAUUUCUUCGACAAAUGCAGAUUCUGACAUAUCGGUGGAAAUAUGCAAUGUGUGCUCCUGCGUGUCAGUUGAGAAUGUGCUCUAUGUCAACUGUGAGAAGGUUUCAGUCUACAGACCAAAUCAGCUGAAACCACCUUGGUCUAAUUUUUAUCACCUCAAUUUCCAAAACAAUUUUUUAAAUAUCCUCUAUCCAAAUACAUUCUUGAAUUUUUCACAUGCAGUAUCCCUGCAUCUGGGAAAUAAUAAACUGCAGAACAUUGAGGGAGGAGCCUUUCUUGGGCUCAGUGCAUUAAAGCAGUUGCACUUGAACAACAAUGAAUUAAAGAUUCUCCGAGCUGACACUUUCCUUGGCAUAGAGAACUUGGAGUAUCUCCAGGCUGACUACAAUUUAAUCAAGUAUAUUGAACGAGGAGCCUUCAAUAAGCUCCACAAACUGAAAGUUCUCAUUCUUAAUGACAAUCUGAUUUCAUUCCUUCCUGAUAAUAUUUUCCGAUUCGCAUCUUUGACCCAUCUGGACAUACGAGGGAAUAGAAUCCAGAAGCUCCCCUAUAUUGGAGUUCUGGAACACAUUGGCCGUGUCGUUGAACUGCAACUGGAAGAUAACCCUUGGAACUGUAGCUGUGAUUUGUUACCUUUAAAAGCUUGGCUGGAGAACAUGCCAUAUAACAUUUACAUAGGGGAAGCUAUCUGUGAAACUCCCAGUGACUUAUACGGAAGGCUUUUAAAAGAAACCAACAAACAAGAAUUAUGCCCCAUGGGCACAGGCAGUGAUUUUGAUGUGCGCAUCCUGCCUCCAUCUCAACUGGAAAAUGGCUACACCACUCCCAAUGGUCACACAACACAGACAUCCUUGCACAGAUUAGUGACCAAGCCACCAAAAACGACAAAUCCUUCCAAGAUCUCUGGAAUCGUGGCAGGCAAAGCCCUCUCCAACCGCAAUCUCAGUCAGAUUGUGUCUUACCAAACAAGGGUGCCUCCCCUUACACCUUGCCCGGCGCCUUGCUUUUGCAAAACACAUCCUUCAGACUUGGGACUGAGUGUGAACUGCCAGGAGAAAAAUAUACAGUCCAUGUCUGAACUGAUACCGAAACCUCUAAAUGCCAAGAAAUUGCAUGUCAAUGGCAAUAGCAUCAAAGACGUAGACAUCUCAGACUUCACUGAGUUUGAAGGACUGGAUUUGCUCCAUUUAGGCAGCAAUCAGAUUACAAUGAUCAAAGGAGAUGUAUUCCACAAUCUCACUAAUUUACGCAGGCUGUAUCUCAAUGGCAAUCAGAUUGAAAGACUGUAUCCUGAAAUAUUUUUGGGCCUUCAUAACCUGCAGUAUCUGUAUUUGGAAUACAAUCUGAUUAAGGAAAUCUUAGCAGGCACCUUUGACUCCAUGCCCAAUUUGCAGUUACUGUACUUGAAUAAUAAUCUCUUAAAGAGCCUGCCUGUUUACAUUUUUUCUGGAGCACCCCUUGCUAGACUGAAUCUGAGGAACAACAAAUUCAUGUACCUACCUGUCAGUGGGGUCCUCGAUCAACUUCAGUCUCUCACACAGAUUGACUUGGAGGGCAACCCAUGGGACUGCACUUGUGACUUGGUGGCAUUAAAGCUGUGGCUGGAGAAGCUGAAUGAUGGGAUUGUCGUGAAAGAGCUGAAAUGUGAGACACCUGUUCAGUUUGCCAACAUUGAACUGAAGUCCCUCAAAAAUGAAAUCUUAUGUCCCAAACUUUUAAACAAGCCAUCUGCACCAUUCACGAGCCCUGCUCCUGCUAUUACAUUCACCACCCCACUGGGUCCCAUUCGAAGCCCUCCUGGUGGCCCCGUGCCUCUAUCUAUUUUAAUCCUAAGUAUCUUAGUAGUCCUCAUUUUAACUGUGUUUGUUGCUUUUUGCCUUCUUGUUUUCGUGCUGCGACGCAACAAGAAACCCACCGUGAAGCACGAAGGGCUGGGGAAUCCUGAGUGUGGCUCCAUGCAGCUGCAGCUAAGGAAGCAUGACCACAAAACCAAUAAAAAGGACGGACUGAGCACAGAAGCUUUCAUUCCACAAACUAUAGAACAGAUGAGCAAGAGCCACACCUGUGGUCUGAAAGAGUCAGAAACCGGGUUCAUGUUUUCAGAUCCUCCGGGACAGAAAGUCAUCAUGAGAAACGUUGCCGACAAGGAGAAAGAUUUAUUACAUGUGGAUACCAGGAAGAGACUGAGCACAAUUGACGAGCUGGAUGAAUUAUUCCCUAGCAGGGAUUCCAAUGUGUUUAUUCAAAAUUUUCUUGAAAGCAAAAAGGAGUAUAACAGCAUAGGUGUCAGCGGCUUUGAGAUCCGCUAUCCAGAAAAACAACAAGAUAAAAAAAACAAGAAGUCUCUGAUAGGUGGCAACCACAGUAAAAUCGUUGUGGAGCAAAGGAAGAGCGAGUAUUUUGAACUGAAGGCGAAACUUCAGAGUUCCCCUGACUACCUACAGGUCCUUGAGGAGCAAACAGCUUUGAACAAGAUAUAGGUCAUGCAAUCUAACUUCAUACAGAGGACAUUUAUUUAAUGAUGAAAGUGCCUUUUGUUGACUUCUAACUUCCAAAUACUAUAUUAUCAAUAGGCAUAGAGGCAAGUGUUUCCAAGGGUGUCUCAUCAACUGUAGCUGCAAAGACGUGUCGAGUAGAAGAGACUUUCCUUAAUAGAUUUUACUACAUAAAACCUAUACUGUGGAGUCCUGUGGGGAUACUGCAAACUCUAUUGCCAAAGGGAUGCUUUAUACACAAAAUACACUGAAUUUAACCUCAAGAGGCAAAUCUGUUUUGUACCCCAAUGCAAAACCUUCGUCUCUUUGUGCUUUGUAAAGCAAACUCAAGAAAACUGGUACCAGUGUUUGUACCUCAGCUGGGUCCUUCAUCUUGCACGUAGAUUAAGUUGGUGGAACUGGAAUAAUCCUUUUGAUUUGUGGCAUUGUAACAACUCUGUGUAAAGAUUAUCUGAAAAGUGUAAAAAAAAUAGCAUGCAAAGAGAGAACAUUCGAUAGUAUUUGUAAAUUGGUAAUCUUUAUGGCCUGCAUCUUGAAACCACUGGAUUUAUAAUGUUAAAUUGUGCAAAUACUUGUUUAAAAUAUACCAUGCAUUACAUAAGUAUAAAAUAAAUUUGAACACUCUAAGUAUUACCUGUCUAUACAUAAAAACCUAAAAGUGAAAAAAAAAAUCAACGUGAAUUCCAUAGCGUUUGUGGUGAUCUGAAGAAAUACAUGAUGUUUAUCAGAAUUAAACAUGGCUCAAAUUAAACUAACACUAGAGUUUGUUCUCAGUUAUGUGAAAUACCCACAAUCCUUAAAGGUUGUCCAAAAUUAGCAAAGUGCUUACCGUGUGAGCGCACCCAAAGCUAUUUUUGUAACAUAAUUCAUAUUUAUGAAGUACUUUGUAUACUAAAUAGGAAAAUAUGUACUCCUUAAUAUGUAUUUAAUAUGCCUGACUUGUUUUCCUGAUCACAGUGAAUUUAUCAGUAAGUAUAAAUUUAGAUAGAAAACUAUACUAAACUGAAACUGAAGGUAAUGUGUACAGAAAUAUUUCGGACUUUGUGAUCAGGUGAAAUUUAAAAAUAGAAAAAGCAAAAAAAAAAACAUACAAAAAAUCCACAAAAAGACAAAAAAAUUCAGUUCUGUGCUAUUCUUGUGAAUUUAGCAUAUUAUCUUCAGAUUUGUUACCAAUCGUGCAUUUUAAAAUAGGCUCCUUAGUUUUAUAGUAUUAUGUCUGGGGCAGUUGUUAUUUGCCAUCAGUUGUCUUGCUUUUCAGGAUUCUAUGAGCUUAAUUCAAAUAGUUUUCACCACAAAUAUUUUAAAAAAUUAAUGACUAAGGUUAAUAGUAUCUUGUAUGCAUCAGUAUCCUGUUCUUUCAUCAUUCUGACUACUGUCAGAUAAUCUAGUAGGAACUGUAAACAUCGUGGUAAGCUUGGCUGUCAAAGCCACACUGUAAAAUACUUGCAUUGGUAUCAGAUGAGUUCACAGUCUGCAACUGCAAAUGAUAUGCCCUCAAGUUUGAUUGUACUGUUAAGUUCUAUGUAAAAAUUGGUCAAAGGAAUGAUGGUAUUUGAUAAGAGGGGAUAUUGAAGAUUUUUAGGAGCUCUUGAUUAGCAAAGUGAUAUCCAGAAACACAUUGCCUUCUUGGCCUCUGUGUGUGUGUGUUUGUGCGUGUGUGUUUGUGUGUGUAUUCAUCUCUUAUGAAUUACUGUAUUAAUCUGUAAGAUAACCAAGAAGGUGAACAUAAUCAUUCUUCAUGACUUUCAAGUGGCAGAUGUUUUGGUGCAGCUUCCAAAAUGAUAUUAUGGCUGAAGUUGUAACAGCAGUCCCUGUGUUAAGCAUUAAUUUCAGGGCUUCAUGUAUUUGUUCUGAGAUAUAAAAACAAAAAAAUUGCCAUUCUUGGAGGUGUGUGUGUGUGUGUGUGUGUUUGCGUGCGUGUGUGUAUUUGGGUAUAUAUUCACACAUAUAGAUAAUUUGGAGAUUUUUUUAAAAUAGGAAAAAUUUCUCCAUAUGUAUGUGCUGGUGCUCUUAAAACUUUAAUGUGUAAUUUUAAUUUUCAUGACAAUGUCUGUGAAAACUUUAUAUGAAUAUAAAAAAUCCAAACAAAUAAUUGCUUUCUGAUCUCAAAAGAAAAGACAAGAUGUGUGCUCAACAGCUUGUUUUCAUCUGCAAUUUCAUAAGGACUUUUAAUAUGCCAUUACCAUGCAUGCAUGCAUCCAUGGAUUAAAGGGCUCCUAAUGCAUACUGACAGGGUAGAGAUGCAGAGGUUUCAAAGAAAGUGUUUUAGUUUAUCCUGUCAAUAAAGUAUGGAUUGAGGAAUCUUAAAUAGACACUUAUGGGAGGAACCAGAAAACUCCCUCCAUGAUCUGGAGAUAAUAGGUCAUUGGGAUGAUGCCUUUUAUUCAGUGUGGUGGUUCUUUGAAGAUGUUUCAAGGUUUCUGCAGAAUUGUCAAUGGCAAGAGUACCUGCCACCAUCUCAAAGCUUGCUGUAGUAUAUUGGCUAUUUCAUACUCCUGCUGAAAGGUAUAAAUGUUCAAAGUUUUUUUUUAAAGUAACUUAAUUGUAUGUGGUUAUUUGGAGGUUCUAAUUGUAAAUGAAAGUAACAAAUCCUUGGUUAAGGCUGAUAUAUUUUCCUUAACUAAAGUCAUUGUGCCUACAUUAUACAGUGUGUACUAUUUUGCACCUGUCUCUCAUUAGUUCUACUUGUACAUUUUAUGAUAAUGUAGUUAGGCAUAAGUUCUGAGUUGAGUACAAGAGCAGUUAAAAUACUGUAUCUACAUUUUGUUGGCUUCAACUAUAACCUUGAUGUUAGUUUAACCCCUUGAGGUAUGACAUGUACGUUGGUACAGCAUUUUUAGUAGAACUUUGAUUCAAAUCUUGAAAAUCCAAGAAGUGUUCAUUUCUAAUGUGUUCUGACACAUCAUGGGCUUCUUGGCAUUAUAUUCGUGUGUAUGGACUGUGUUAGAACAGUUGCAAAUAAAACUAGAUCCUAUGAAAUCAAUGAAGGGGUUGAGAUAAUAUAUUGUGUCCGUGUAAGAUAAAUCAAGUUUUAAAUUAUUUUUUUAUGAAAUCAAUAAAGAUGACUCAAUUCUUUAAAAGUAAAUCUUUGUGUAAUUUUAUGAGAAAGCAGCUAUUAAAGUGAUUCAAGUCUAUAAGGCAAUUUAUAUUCUAUAUUUAGUUUUCCACUCUGAAUAAUAAAGUGAAUAAAUAUAUUAAUUAGAAAAUCAUUUAAGACCAUCUUUAUUUUGUUGCUUUUUUAAACAUUUAAUUUUCUUAAGCCUCAAAGAUGCAUAAAUUAUACAGGGCCUGGCUUCAUGAGUAAUAUCAACAGGUAUUUCAGAAAUAACAGAUUACAUCUAAAAAUGUAUGGUGAUAAUACUAAUCUAUAGUAUCUUGCAUGACUUUUACAUUGACAUUGUACGAAAUGAGCACAGUGAGUUGUUCUUUGGUUUGUUUUUUUUUGUUGUUGUUUUUGUUUUGGGUUUUUUGUUGUUGCAUCCAAAGAAUUGGGGAUAAAAUAUAUUAAGAAUGUAUUUAUAAUCACUAUUUUGAAAUAAACUAAAGAAAACACAUUGUAUUGUUUUUACCCUGAUUCGAUUAUUAGUAUUUUAGAUUAGUUUAUAAAAUAAAAAUCAAGUAAUUCUAUAAAAUCUUAAUGUAAUUCACAGAAAGGAACUGUUUUAAGGACUUUUGUUUGGUUUAAUUGCAUCAAGGUAUUAGAAAGAAUUUACUAAAUGCCACUUUCAUGAAAGUCUUAAUAAAAUUGUUUGCUACAAUGUUAUUUCUGAAGCCACAGUGUGCGAUAUGUAUUUAUUUUUUCAUUAUUUUUCAGAAGAAAUAGAACAAUAGCCAAACUAGUCACAGCACUCAUAUUUGAGAGUAAGAUAUAUAGCUUUUAGAAUAUGGUUUGUAAUCCAACUUAAUUAUUAAAUCUCUGUUAAAGAAGCUUUCCUUACAAACGUCUUGGCAAUCUGUUCCUUCCCACUGGCAGCCCCUUUGGAGAAGAGUCAGAGAGAGCCAAAAUCAACAUACUUUGAUUCGUGCCCAUUCUCAUUCAUCAGUUGGAAUCUGACAUAACUUCAGAUAAGCAAAUAUUAGUAUUCAAUCUUAACUAUCUACUCAGAUACUUGUAGUAGAGCUAUAGAACCUCUGUGUAACAUAAACAGCUUGACUGAUGGCAGGCUAGCUACCUGUGUAUGGGUGACUUUUGAUUUUUAUUUGGUUCUUUUGAAGAUAAGCAAAAUGAUCAAUCCAUCACUUUAUGAAGAUAUUGUGGUUGCAGAAAAUGAACCAAUUACCUUAUGGCUAAUUUGAUGACACAGAAGAAUAUAGACAGUUUUGACCAAUAAGUGGGUUUAAGGCAUGUGUACUUCAGGGAAGAGAAGUAAAGAUGGGAACAGAGAGAGAAAAUAAAUUAAGAUUGUUGUGGCCUUACAUCUUUGCAUAGCUGUGCUGAAGGCAUGAAAAGUAUAGAUAGCAUGUAUAAGUACUUUUGGACUAAAUGUCUUACACAUCACAGGAGAUACAUGAUGGGAUUGUGUUAUUUUAGUUUGUUUUAUAUGAGUAUUUUGGGCACAGGGCUUUGGGCGUCAGCCAGUCUGUUAUGUAGACAAGUGGCAUCAAAUCAAGAGUUGACUUCAUUUCCAGUGCUCAUUAGUCAUGAUGGUCAGAUGGGCUGAACUAAAAUAUUCAGUUUGUGGUGUCACUUAUCAAGAAUAACUAGUGAUAUAUAUCGUUUAACUGAUAAUCAUUAAUCCUCAAAUUCAGAUCUCCUUUGGAAUAUGUCCUUUGUUAAAUUAAAAGCAAAUGGGAGGUCAAAUUAAUUUUAAUAGCUUAUUUUAUUCAAACUUCCCUUUAUCUAACUUUGAAAUUUAUUUAUUUACUAAAUUUUUUUCAUUGCAAUUUAGUUUCCACUAAUUGAUAGGAUUGCAUUUUAGAAGGGAAAAUUUAAGAAGGGAAAGUCUGUCUUCUGUCUUAUAUAAAAUAAUGUUUAUUAUUUUUUAAAAUUGUUUUAAUUUAUUGUUCCUGUGUCUGCAAAAGGAAAAAAGAGUGGGGCUCUAAGACACUUGAAUACUUUGGGUCAAAAUAACUGCUAUUGAGAAUGAAAAUAUUUGAACUUCUCAUUACUUGAUAAUUACCAGAUUCACUGACUAUAAAACCUACAACCAAGAGAAAAUUACUCAAUCAUCCACUUUAGUUUACUUUUGUAGAUACUGCCUAGAUAGGAAUAGAAGUUCUGGUGAUUCCAUUAAUCCAGCAAAAAUGAGAAAUAGUUUUACUUAAAAAGCUCAUAAAUGAACUCUUCAGAAAGAUAAAAUGAAUACAUAAUGAAUAAACAUACAUUAUUACCUUUAAUUUACUUAUAGAAAGAAGAUAGUCCUUUAAAUUCCUGAACAAUAUACUUCUUUUAGUUGUCAACUCAAAAAUACUUGUUCAUGUCAAAUGCUGCUGGUUAGCAGCCUAAGGAAGCCAUGUUGUGCUGUGGAUAUUGCUCAUGGAAACAUUUGAAUAUCACAGUAAGCUCUGUUCUCCCUAAAAUUGCAAUGUGUAUUUCCAUCAUUGUUUCAUGUAAAUUGAACCAUUGUGCUAAAAUUCUGGAGUUGGUAUGCAGUAACUUUAAUGCUGUUUUCACAAAUAAAAGUCUUUUCUUAUAGGUCA